AUGGACCGACCAUCGGGAUCUGCCCCCAGCCAACCGUCACAGACUUCGGAAGGACCGCAAAGUGGAGUCGUCAAGAUGGUGUGGCCACCUGGUGCGACGUUCGCUCGCGUCUACGAGACCGAGGAAGGAUCGCCUGGCACGUUGCGAUCCUCAAUCAAGCCCGUACCCCGCCCGCCUUCCGGAGGGUUCGUGACCUUCACUGAAGAGGAGCUCAUUCGGACGAAGAUCCACCAGCAGGAGCCAGAGCUGGCCUGCCAUGUCAAGGAUGCUCGAUACCCGUUUGCAUUCGACGUCCUCUUGACGAAGUGGGGCAACAGCGUUGGGUACCCCCAAAGAAGUUCAGAUGGCACGGCAAAUGUCACCCCUCUGCCGAAACAAGUUUAUCAGCUGUACUUCUCGGCUUCGAGACUAUUGGCCCGUGAGCUAGAAGGUCCCUACCAUCGCACCGGAUUUGUCCCGGAGCGAUUCGUGUUCAAGUAUGAGCACCCCCACGUCUCUGUCGAGGUCGUGCAGUCCGACGAAGAGGCGGCGGCCCAACUCGCCAUCGCCCGCGGCCCCGAAGCUGUUGUAGGAGAAGGCAGGCUGAUUGACUGGAACGCUCGGCUGGAGGAAGAGCUGUCUCGCCCAGGAGAUGAUUCCGCUCAGCGUUCCGCUGGCGACCAGCACCUGUAG